AGGGGGCGGGGGCACCAUCUGAAACGAAAGCGAUUCGGUUUAGGAGUCCGGGGAGCGAGCGAGCGAGCGUACAUAGCGCCCGGGGCUCUCCGCUGCGUCCCCACCUUUCUCGGGAAGGGAGCUUGCCAAGUGCUCCAAUACCCUGCUGCGUGGGUCAGGCAGCGAGCGGAAUCCGGAGUGAGACCGGACCAGCACCGAAUCUGCCGGGAGCCCCGGCGCUUUCCAGACCGGGGAGCCAGCCAGCUCCCUCGGAGUCAGGGCCCCUGCCGCCCCCAGGGGGAGAACAAGUGCCUGAGCGUCAGGCUGAGCCUUUGGGAGUCCCCAUGUCGUACCCCAGGGCUCCCCCGCCCUACGAUGACAAGAAUCCCCUCUACCCCCCGCAGCCUGGGGGCCACCCGCAGCCCGGAGCCUAUCCCGGGGGCUACCCGCAACCUGCACCCUAUCCCGGGAGCUACCCGCAGCCCGGAGGGUAUCCUGGGGGCUACCCACAGCCAGGAGGAUAUCCCCACCCCGGUGUCCCGGUACCCCCCAUGUCAACACUCCCGAUGAACCAAGGGAACAUCUACAUCAUCACCAGCUUGGGGGAUGACGUCGUCAGGACUAUUGACUGGGACGACAAGAGAGUGCGGCACGCCUUCAUCCGCAAGGUCUACACCAUCAUCUCAAUCCAGCUGCUGGUGACCGUGGGCAUCGUCGCUGUGUUCACCUUCGUCUCCCCCGUCCGCGCCUUUGUGCAGGGGAAAGUUAUUGUGUACUACGCCUCUUACGGUGUGUUCCUGGUCAGCUACCUGGUGCUGGCCUGCUGCCCGGGCCCCAGGAGAUGCUUCCCCUGUAACCUCAUCCUGCUCGCCAUCUUUACGCUGGCCAUGGCCUUCAUGAUGGGAACCAUCGCCAGCACGUAUGACACCAUGGCAGUCCUGAUCGCCAUGGUGAUCACUGCCAAAGUGGCCAUAAUUGUCACCGUCUUCUGCUUCCAGACCAAGGUGGAUUUCACAUCGUGUACCGGGCUGUUCUGUGUGCUGGGGAUCGUCGUCCUUCUGACCUCGAUAGUCUCUGCCAUUGUCCUCUACUACAAAUAUAUUCAGUGGGUCCACAUGGUGUUUGCGGCCGUGGUUGCGAUCGCCUUCACCCUGUUCCUAGCCUACGACACCCAGGUGCUGGUAGGGACCAAGGAGUACAACCUCAGCCCCGAGGAGUACGUCUUCGGCGCCCUGGAGAUCUACGUGGAUAUCGUCUACAUCUUCUUGUUCCUGCUGCGGUUCCUGGGCUGUAAAUAAAGCCUCUAGGGGGGCUCCUGGCUGGCAUGGCCCGGGACCGAGGAGUGCUCUGGGAACACGUUGCUUCCUUCCUGCUUCUGUUCCUUUCUCCCUCCUUGCUCCGGCGUGUGUCACCCAGCCAAUGGCCUCUGGUUUCCCUCCUUCCCCGGGGAGCCCAGCGUGGGAUUCCCACAGUCUGUGCCUAGAGGAGUAGUGGGCAAGACUGUGCCCUGGAGAAGCCCAGUAAUGAGGCUUUGCCCAGCAAUGAAGCCAGCAUUGGCAGAUUUCUGCCUGCCCUGUUAAUUGCUCGGCUGCCCUCUGUGCUCCCACGUGGCCUCCCGUCUUUCUUUGCUCCCCACGCUGCCCCCAGGGAUGUGUCAAUGCACCGAGUUCAUCCCCAUAGCAGCCCUCAGAACUCAGUGCCAGGCAAGGCACCUGCCCCCAGACCCACACACACGGCCCCUCUGCCAGCACUACCUGCUAAGACAAGGGGGCACCUCAUAUUCCCCAGAAAUAGCUGAGAGAGGGCAUUUCUGGACAUCACGCUCCACAUGUGGAGCGGUGAGAUCAGAUCCUGCACCCUAAGGAGAAGUGAAUUCACUUCUCUUGUGGUAGAGAGCAGGCGGGUCGAGGCUUCCGUCUCUCACCUUAACGUAAGCCUGACCUAUCCCGCCCCGUGCCUGGCGAGCAGCGUUACUCCGAAAUAAUUUGCUGGAUGAUUUGAGUUGCCUGGAGCUGCCUGAGAUCAAGCCUGAGACAUGUCAGCCCCAGCUGCUGUUUGGACCCAGGUGAGAUGCCACAGGGGAGGGGAAAGCUCGGCAGAGGGGCAGCGCCUUCAUCAAAUCCAAACCCACUCAAAGGAGAGCAGAAAGACAGGGGCUCGGUCCUCGCUCUGAUCCAAGCCCCGGUAUGCAAGCUCCUUCUGUCCUGCAGAGCGCCCUCCAGUGGGGAGAAGCAGAGGGGGCUGCGAUCAAUGCAAGGGGAAAUUUUUUUUACACCUCCUAGACAUCAGUAUUUUCCCAGCACAGUUGUUACCCUGUGUCUGAGAGUGGGGUUUUUUUUAACAGUACAACAAAAAUCUUUGGGGUUAACAAUACUGCUUUGGUCUCUGGUUUGUUACGUGCCUUAAACUAGCCUUAUGUUAAGUUUUUUUUUUUUUUUUUAAAUCUCCUUAGCUACAGCCUGUGAAGUGUACACAGGAGAGACCCAGGCUGGCUUUUGACAGGUUUCUGUUCUUUCUAAUUCAAUCUAUUUUAUCCUUGGUACGCAAAGGUUUUUGUAUCAAGCUGCCAUAUUGUAUAUUUGACUAGGCCGGAAAGCCAAAGGGCCUUGAAAUAACACCGUUUGACGGGGGGAGGCGAAUGGCACAAGGGGAAUUGCAAAGAACCGUGCUGUGUAUGUUGCUCAUGCUCUCUGGUAAGAGAGUCGCUUAUUGCAGGAGGAAACAGAACUGGGGCUGCAGGAAGGGGCCGCAGGCAGCAUUAUAAGUCACCACCCCUAAUUCUAGAGGCUGGAACAGGUGCUGUAAGGGGGGGCGGGAUGGGGCAGAACGCUGCGUUGGAGCACUCUGGCUCCCCCAGGGCAGUGCUGGUGAAGGGGGGGGCAGCAGCUGAACCCAGAGCCGGCUCCCAGGGCCUCCUGGGAAGAGCAGGCUCAGAGCAGGGCGGCUGGAUCAGAAUCCCCAG